UUCAUUCACGUUCUGUGUGACAUGGCGGUCGUGUGUUUCUCACGGACUAGUGGUUUAAUCCUAUUAUUUUUAGUAAACACACUCGCCGUAUCGCCAUGGCUUACGUUGGUGAAAUUAGAUAACGUUACAUGUAAUGACUUAAAAUGUGAUUAUCGUAUAAAAGUGGUUGGUGAUGUCGAUCAGUGGUCUUUAACCUCGAAUGAAAAAAUACGCGGCGAAAUAUGUGAUGAUAAAUUAAUAGUUCAAGAAUCAAAUGUUUUAGUAGAAUUUAGUUUACCUGUAACCAGAAAGGCGUAUUUCUGUGUCGAAAAGGAUGGAGUUUGGUAUCAUCAAGGGAAGAAUUUGUAUUUAUUCGGCGAUGACGUCACCCGCCUGGACUGGUCGCAAGAGAAUGAAAUUGCACCAGAAGAAACAGAUGCCAAAUAUACUAUUGAUCUCAGUAACCCUGAUCUCGAAGACACAAUCGAUGUUGAUAACGAAGGCAAAAGAGACAAACGUCAAGCCAACGCCACUGUGCCAGAUGAAGAGGAGAAGCCAGAGAAACCCAAAGCAAUUAUCAAACUACUAGGCCUUCGAGUCGAUGAAUCUGAGAAGGAACCGAAAAUUAUUGAUGGCGUUAUACCGAGCGUGUUGAGUGAAAAGGAAUUUGUACUGAGGCUGUUUGGUGAAGGUUUUACAGAGGAUACGACUAUCGUGUUCACCAGUCACCCACAGGAGUAUGGAACGAGCUGUCAUUUCCAAUAUGGAACUUAUUAUAAGGCCUCAAAACUGGAAGGCGACUCGGCAAUCUUCAAAAUGAAAGUACCAGAACCUGAACAGGACCUAACCUUUUACAUCUGCGCUUCGAACAAUGCGACUGACGAGACAGCAGACUUCAUUCAUCAGGGCAAAGAACCCUGGAAGAUUCUGGGUAUCCACAACAAGCUGCUUCCAUUAUGGGCUUCCCUUGUCCUCAUAGUUAUCCUACUGGUCCUGGCGUCUCUCUUCUCCGGUCUGAACCUGGGUCUUAUGGCCUUGGACCGUACGGAACUCCGUAUCAUUGCUAAUACGGGUACGGAGAAGGAGAGGAAGUACGCAAGAGCGAUUAUGCCUGUCCGUGCGCAUGGGAACUACCUUCUAUGUACGAUUUUGUUAAGUAAUGUCGCCGUGAACAGUACAUUUACGGUGAUUUUGGAUGAUCUAACCUCUGGAUUGGUUGCUGUUAUUGGAUCUACCCUCGCAAUUGUGUUCAUUGCUGAGAUUACGCCUCAGGCGAUUUGUGCUAGACAUGGGCUGUUUGUCGGUGCUAAAAGUAUAUGGAUAAUGAAGAUUGUAAUGGGCAUAUGUGCCCCGCUCGCAUGGCCGACUAGCAAAUUGCUAGAUUACUUCUUGGGAGAGGAAAUUGGUACACAUUACAACAGGGAAAGACUAAAGGAACUUGUCAAGGUGACAAAUCACGUGAACGAUUUGGACAAGGAGGAAGUGAAUAUCAUCUCUGGUGCUCUUGAUCUUCGUAAGAAAACCGUGAAGGAUGUUAUGACCAAACUGAAAGACUGUUUUAUGCUGCCAAUCAAUUCCAUACUGGACUUUGAGACCAUGACUGAUAUUGUCAAGUCGGGCUAUUCCCGUAUCCCAGUGUACGAGGGUCAACGCGGUAACAUAGUGACGGUGCUCUUCAUCAAGGACCUGGCCUUCGUGGAUCCUGAUGACAACACACCACUGCGGACCCUCUGCCAGUACUACCAGAACCCUUGCAAUUUCGUUUUUGAAGACGUCACGCUGGAUGUCAUGCUGAAGCAGUUUAAAGAAGGUCACAAAGGUCAUAUGGCAUUUGUCCAGCGUAUUGAGGAAGGUGAUGGUGAUCCCGUGUAUGAGACUGUGGGUCUCCUUACCCUGGAGGAUGUCAUAGAGGAGAUGAUACAGGCAGAGAUAGUGGAUGAGAGUGAUGUCAUCUCUGACAACAGAACGAAAAAGCGCUUAACGAGACCGCUGAACAAGUUGCACGAUAUAGCAGCGUUUGCUGGGCAUCAGCACCAGAGAGUCCACGUCUCACCUCAGCUGAUCUUGGCCACCUUCCAAUUCCUUAGUACAAGUGUGGACCCGUUCCGUGCUGAUAUGAUAUCGGAGACUGUUCUGAGGAGACUGUUGAAGCAGGACGUCAUACAGCACAUCAAGUUACGCGGAGAUGAAGAAAAGAAUGAUCCGAAGAGAUUCGUUUAUCAAGAAGGAAAACCGUCGGAUUACUUCGUGCUGAUCCUGGAAGGUCGUGUGGAGGUGACAGUGGGACGUGAGAACUUGGUGUUUGAAGCUGGUCCCUUCACGUACUUCGGGGUUCAGGCGCUCACGCAGAAUGUUGGACUUGCUGAGUCUCCAGCGCCCUCUACACUCGGCUCUCUUCAAAACCUGAACAUGGACUCCAUGCUGCGUCACACAUUCGUACCAGACUACUCCGUUAAGGCCAUCGCUGAGUUGUACUAUUUAACAAUUAAGAGGUCCAUGUACUUGGCAGCUAAACGAGCCACUCUGAUGGAGAAGGGGGUCCUGAACAAAGGUGGAACUAAUGAACAAAUCGAACCAGAAGUUGAUAAGUUACUUCGUGAAGGAGAUAGGCUUGAUGAUAUAAUUGAAAAUGAGAAAUCGCCAAUUAAGCAGUUUCUACCAUCCAGCCUCCUCACAAACUCUACAUACAAAACCGAUGAGAACAAUGCCGAGGAAGAAAAACUACUUAAGAAGUAGCACAAACCAAAAUGAUGCUUUUCGGUAACUUAAAGUGUCAACUGUCAAUGUUAAAUUCAGAUUUUUUGCGCCAUUUUUACAUCACGAGUUACUGUUUUUUCGUCAAUUUUAUAAAAAGGUUUUAAUGUAGCUUUAAAGGUAUAAAUUACAGAGGAUUGAAUGAUCAAUAUUAAAUAUGAGUUAUAUUGUUAGAGGUUUAAAAAAUAUUAAUCUGGUUACAAUAAGGAUUACCUACUAACACGAUGGGCGUGGCCAAAUUUGGGGUCAAACUUCAACUUAGGGUCCUUCAAAGAGCGUACCAAUACUUAAAAAGCCGGCAUCGCGAACGCACUGGCAGUGAGAAGGCGCUAUCGCUCAGGGGAGCCCGAUUGCCACUUUGGCCUAUAAAAAAAAACUGUCACAGACCUAGAUGACGUCUCGAACUUCGGUAACGGUAAAUUGGGCAUGUCAAAUGACGUCAAAUGUUCAAAAUUCUUUGUGUGUCAAGAGACCGGGGGCGCACUACGACUGACGUAUGCCAAAAUUCACACAUAUUCGACGUACGGAAGUCCUUGGUGUUAAAUCUCGCGAUGUCGAACGUCAUACGAAAAUGGUUUGACAGCUUUUGUAACUGUUUGACGUUCCGGAAUACGUGCCUUAGCUCCAUGGUCUACCGCGAACCGAGACACAUAUUAUCUCGGUUCGCGCUGUCAAAUGUCAAACGUCACGCAGAAAUGGUUUGACAGCUCUCGUAACUAGAUUCAUAUUUGCCGUUCUGGAAUACGUGUCUAAGAUACAUACGUUAAUUCGUAUCUCGGUUCGCGAUGUCAAACGUCAUGCGGAAAUGGUUUGACAGUACUUGUAACUAGAUUUAUGUUAGAAUAUGUAAAAGUCUACUGAAAUGUUGCCAUAUCCAUUGCAAUAUUCCAUAGACAACUGCCAAUUUUUGAAUGUAUUGAAUCUUUGAAUCCGCUGUACUUUGUUUACAGGCCCUUAUGACAAUUUCGCGGCGAAUGCUUAAGUAGAAUUUUUGAUUAGAUAUAGAUUUUUUUUGAAGUAUUUAAAAGCAUUUUAUACGUAGUUAUUUACGCUUACUGCAUUUUGAAGAUGACAGUUAGUGUAAACUUGUUUUUAGAUGUUCGAAUAAUUUAAGAAAAAAAUCAGUUCUGCUGGAGACAAUUUAUUUUUGGGCUUCCUUGCUGUUCUAAGUAAUAACAGUGCCUACUUUUCUUGGCCGGUAAGAGCAUCGCUGUCAUGUAUUAGUAUUGCCAGUAAAUAAAAAUUAACAAUUAUAAGGCUUAACUUAUAAUUUGUUGAAAUGCCUUAAGAAAACAAUGUAUACUAUAGUAUCUAGUAUAAAUGUCACACAAACUUAGUAACAACUGAUAUGAUAGGUAGUUAUCUGUCAGCAGUCAUAACCGUGAUUAAUAAUGCAAAGAAUAAAAAUAAAUACAUUUUAGUUGGCUUUUUAUUAGAUGUUAGUAAAUAGUAAAAUUAUUUAUUUAUAGUACGAACAAAAAUGGUGACGGUAGUACCAAUUUCAGCCGUCGGCCAAGAAAAGUAUGUGGCAGUAUACUAAGGUAACUUACAAAGUCGAUACAAUGCACCUAUGUCUCCAAAACGUAUUGAAUUUGUCACCCUAAGCUAUAAAUUCCAAACUAAAAUGUAUUACCUGUUUUUAGGAGCUUAAAAAGUUUCUAUGGAAAAUGGCAACACUAAUCAAUGUUUAUAAAAUUAAAUUAUUUGAUCCGUCUAAAGGCUUAUAUUCUAGUUUUUAAGUGCAAUUGUGGUACUUAUUAUAAUCGUCCAUUUUAAAUCAAGCAUCACAAUAAUAUUAUUUCUAUAGAAGAACGCUAGAAUUUAUUUUUGAAUAAAUCAUGCGUAAUCCUUCCAAUGGUGCCUUACCUUUAUAAAGUUUUAUUCGAGGUGAUUUUCGCUGUGUUAAACGGUCCCUAGAAAUCAGAUAAGUAGUAGUCUCAAGCCUAGUAUGAACGCCUCACAAUUAUUUAUCAUAAGUAAAAAAGUCUAACAAUUUCUUAUUAUCUGUAAGUGUUUUUACGUAUAUUAAAAAGGAAAGGUAUGCUUCUUAUUUUAAAAGUGAUUCUACAAGAUGGCGAUGUAGCACCGAUUUCCGGUGAAGCUACGUUGCGCGGCCAAUUUCGAAUUUUAAAAUUUGGAGCCAUUCGUUUUUCAAGAUGGCGUCGCUAGUGCCGAUUUCCGGUGACGCUUCUUUAAGCGGGCAAAUUCGAAUUUAUAAAUUAUGAGCAAAAACAUUGUACAAGAUGGCGACUAGUUUCACAAGACGCUUUAUUAGUAAACGUUUCCACAGCGAAAAUUAUUAAUUUUUUAUGUCAAUAUACUCCGGUGUUUUAGACAAUUCUGUCAGUUUUAACUCACUUAGGUAAUCUUAAAUGUUAUAUUUAUGAAUUAAUGUACAAUCGAAUGUGAAUUAUAUGUUUCAUUGAUUA